GCCGCGUGAAUUGUCGUCGUCGUUGGGGCUUCGCUUGUUGCAAGCGGCGCGAUGCAGCUGAUCCAGGGUGCUUGGCCUCCCCAGCGUCUCGGCGACGUGCUCUUCGACAGAGGACCGGGCGGGGCGGCCCCGGCGGGCGCCGCGAUGGCGGGCGGCGGCGGCAUGAAGUCCAGCCUGGUCUUCAGGGACCAGGUGGCGGCCAUGGGCUCGUGGUUCGAGCUGUGGAACCCGUGCGAGCAGACGGUGGGGCUGUACUCUCUGCUGCGUCGGCUGGGGCCGACCCAGGCGCGCUUCCUGGCGCUCGUGCUCGACCGGUCGCUGGCCGACUGCGCCGAGCUGCGCCAGCGGGAACGGCACGCCAACGACCCGGCCUACAUCGAGCGGCUGGCUCGCGAGCCGCGCGACCAGGCGCUGGGCCAGCUGCUGGGCCUGCUGCCCCUGCUCGCACCGGGGAACCAGGCGGCCAAGGCGGCCUACCUCAGCCUCAUACCGCAGGUGCUGGCGCAUGCCUUGGACUGCCGGCCACUGGUGGAGGGAGCGCGCCAGCUGCUCUCCUACUCGCUCAUCCACCCGGCCAUCAACUCUCGAGAUGACCGCCGCCUGCUCACCCUCUGGCUCAGGCACCUCGAGGAGCGUAUCUCUUCCUCCAGGUACCAAGAACACGGAGGCGGUGGUGCCGAGCCCCUGAACGGCACAGCCGGUCUGGACGACGGCGGAGGCAGCCUGGCCGCUGGGCGGCCCCCGACGAGCAGCCUCGAUUCGUGGGCGGCCGUCGACGGCCUAGGCUCCCUUAACGGUCACCACCACCAUCACCAUCAGCAGCAGCACCACUAUGGGGGCAGCGACCUGAAUGGAUUCGGACUGGCACCGCUGGGCACUGCGGGUGGCUCCUUGCCUCCCGGUCUCGACUCCAGCCACAUGGCACUGCACCCGAGCAACCUGUCCACUUAUGCGCCUGCUGGCCAGUCGCUCUCCCAGCCAAUGCUCAAGCGAAGCAGCAGCCUGACACCACCAUGCUCCACCACGUCCCUGCACCAGCAGCUGUCGCAGGCACAGCAGGGCUUCGGGCCAGGGCGACUGCUUGGAUCUCACCCCACCUCGGUGGACUGGCGGUGUGGCCCUCCCCCCGGCCCGCCGCACGAAGCCGAGACCAUAGGCCCGCCCCUGUCCCCACAGAGCAGCGGGGCGUCCUCCGGUUCGGAAGGUCACGGCACCGAGGACCAGGGCCAGCCGGGUUUCAACCUGGAUGGCUCUGGCAUGAAGGAUGUGCCCAGCUGGCUGAAGAGCCUCCGACUGCACAAGUAUGCCUACCUGUUUGCCAACAUGAGCUACGAGGAGAUGAUGAACCUCACCGAGGAGAAACUGGAGGCCCAGAGCGUGACUAAAGGAGCACGUCACAAGAUUGUGCUUAGCAUUCGCAAGCUGAAAGAGCGCCCGGCCACGUUGCGUCAGCUCGAGAAGCAUCUGAGCAAGCCACACGUGCAGAUCCAGAGGACUCACUCGGCUCCCGUGCGGCCGAAUCCAGUGGUUGCAUCGCUAUACAAGCAGGCUGCGACUAACAGUGGACGCAUGCAAGCUGACACUUCGGCAAACGACCCGGACCUGAACAACCGGCUGGAGUCUCUCUGUCUCAGUGUCACUGAGCAUGCCCUCGGAGGUUCUGAUGGCAUGCCUCCGUUCUAGGCACCACGGCUUGCGGCCUGUGCCGGAAACACGGCGGGAACGAUUGUUUGUCAUCGUGCCAAUCCAUGGCCUCAUCAAAGCUUGUCGCUCUCCCCCACCUUUUUUUUUUUUCUUUUUUGUGUCUUGUUAGCGCACGACCUUCUCUGAAAACCAUCUUCAUAUUUUAUCUCCUACUCCGCAUUGCCUUUCGUCACCCUUGUCGCAACCAAAGUUCUUUGUUGACGUUGCCGGGCACGACAGGACCUUUUUUUCUGUAGGUGCCACCGUUGGUUGUUUCCUUUAUUUUAUUUGUUUUCCGGAUCAUCGCCUGCCUUAUUGCUUCCCCCGGCAUUGGCGAUGCCGUUCUUGAGAAACGGCAAUUUUUUUAUCGCGAGACAACUGCAUGUGCGAGUGUAUGUGUUUGUGGGCAUGCCAUUUUGCUCCCUGCGAUCGUUUUUUUCAUCGUUACCACUUGCUCAGUUGAUCUACUUUUAUUUUGUUUACUAUAUGUAGGUGCUCUCUCUUUUUUUUUUUUCUCGUCAUCGCCUCUGGCUGUUGUACGGUUGAUCCACACGACGGAACAAAUUCGUGUUUUCCCGGCCGGACAUCGGAAUGAUUAUCAUCUGGGGUUUGACGUCCCAAAACCACGAUAUGAACAUCGGCAUGAGCGACAGCACGCCACUGAUCGCUGUUGGCAGCAUCUUAUCCGCGGUGAACGCAGACGAGUGCAUGGCGAUUCUGAUAUUCAGACAAUGAAAGUGCAGCCUAAGAUGCUUUGGAUGCCUCGCUACAAUCUCUGUCCUCUUACGAACAAGACCAUUUUCCAGGUAAACCAAGUAUUUGUCCAGUCAAAAAAGAAAAAAAAAUCUGAACAUGGUCAACUACCAAGUUUCAGUUUUACUGAAAUUUAGGUUGUGGCAUAAUUGAUACAAUGUAUUCAGAAUGUGCAAACAUCAAUAAACCACCCCUUUCACGAUUCCAUAGCGCAUGCUCCCCUCCCCUAGCCGAAAAGUCGCGAAACGCCUUUUGAUCUUGGAGCCAUUCAUUAUGGCGAUGGCGAUUGUCCCGGCCCCUAGCAAAACCCUAACAAAAUGGCAGAGGGCAGCACAGGAAAAUAAAAAAGGCGAAUUGGCAUCUGAAAUUUGUCGGCAAGCCACCGGAGGCAACGUGUGACUGUUGUAUCCUUUUUUCAGGAGGCACGGGGCAUUGGGAAUAGAAAACAGAUUUCUGAAACGGGACGAAUGAUUGUGAAUGCCUUGCUGUUGAAGCAUCGGGAUGCAAAUCUCAAGCAAGUUCAAGCGUGGUUGAGGAACAGUUGAGCCAAACGAGUCGUGACAACUACUUGACCGACGCAAUGCGGUCGAUGGCACCCACUCGUUUUGUCCAUCCCAUCAACGCUGUCGUCAGCAGCCACAUGAGCUGCGGAAUUGUGCGCAGAGUAGUAGUUCGUGCAGUUGUUUGUUGUGUGGAUACACCUGCAAGGGCAGUUCGGCCAUUACAAAACUCUCCUCCCAGCCACUUCGCCCGGCCGAAAACGAAAUCGAAGCUUCUGACCAUCGACUGCGAUCCUGGCGCGCAUCUUGGCGACCCUCAUCCUUAUUUGUCUUAGAAUCCUGACUGUGAAUGUCACCUGUCUAUCCCUUGAUAUGUUGCCGAUCGAUUGCGCUCAUCAUUGCACUGUCAUUGCAAAUUUUGUGAGCUUCAUUUUUUCGAGAUGUGUGAAACCCGCAGUUUUACGUGCCUUAGUCGAUCUGUUGAUCAGUGCUGUGUGCGCGUGCAUGUGUCUUGGAGAGGGGUUUAUCUGUGGAGUGCGUGCAGUCGUGGGCAGUCUUCCAGGCUCACCUUUUGUUUUCUCUGUCCUUGCCUCCUCCUUUACCACUCUCUUUAUGUGAAGCACGCGAAGAAAAAAAAACGAAAAAUUGUUCGCAUCAUUUUUUAAAAAAGUGCCUUCCCCUGGGGCGGGCUUUUUAUGUUCACUUUUUAGUGAUUUCAACAGACCUCGCAGAUCAGUUUUAGCGUAGCAGUGCCGAAUGAGAAUUUUCGAGAAUCAACUGCACAUUAUGCUAGUUCAGAAAGAAUGGUGUGCAGUUCGUUGCACUGUAGCAAUGUAGAGUGUCGUGCUGAGUCGAACAUCAACUCCGACUCUGCGGCGCCAUAUGUUUGUGUGUGUGCCAGUGAAAUUGACAAUAGCGACCCGCUGCGUUCGUUGUGUUCACCCUGCACUCGGAAGCGAGGCUUUCUUGAAAGAAAAGGAAAACCCUGUCAUCGGGUUUCGCGUGAAAUCGAGCGCAUGCAUGUCGCGUGUGCACAUAUCCGUAUUUAUGGACUCCGUAGUCCGUAUUUACGGACUCUUUGGGUCAAACGUGCAGAAUAAUAUUCAAGUAGCAGGAAGGCACGCGCUGCCUCUGCCUUUUAUAAAAGGAAUGCGACGCCCGGUUCCGAUACUUUUUUCCCUUGGCAUUUCAUAUUGUUGCCUUCUCCUUGCUUCCGUAAUUCUCCCGCCUUCUUUCCCACAGAGUGUGUCACACGGAGUGUGCCCCUUCGGAUUCGUCAGACGGAUAUCUGCCGCACGCUCUGCGCGGUCAAUAUUUUUUCUUUUGUACUGUGUGUGCUUCUGUUCGCCCUCCCCCUGCAACAUGGGAGUGGGUGUCUAGGAUUGUGUAUGUAUACAUACAUAUAAAUAUAAAUAUUAUAUAUAUUAUAAAUAUGACAUCUACAGUGACUGUACAUAAUUUCUGGCCAGGUGCCAUACUCUAGUAGGAAAGACACUUCCAAGAGGCUGAAGUGGUCGAAGGACUGGGCGUCGGCGCAUCUCUCCCGUGGGCACCGCCCGUCACUGGUCAGGCGCAAGAGUGCCGGUUUGCGCGAAUGUAGGGGAAAAAGUUCAGUCGGAGUUGCAGCAGUAUUUGAAUGAUCCCAGUAGCCACUGUUGGAAAACGGGCCACGGCAAGCCCUACACUGAGCCAUUGUCAGUUAAAGGCCGGUUGCAACGAAAUUUCGCCUUGAUUAAACUCAUUACGACUGAGCAGCACAGUACCACUGAAGCAUUCUUGGCAAGGCAACUGGACUAGUUGUGGUGUACCUUUCUUGUUAGCAGCCUGAAAAGAUGGCCUAAGCGGGCAAUGCUCUCGCUUGAUGUUUAUCGCUACAGCAAAGGGCCAGGUACAUCGCGCCCGAGGUGUUGAGGGGUCCUCUGUUGUGCCUGACAAAAUGCCGAGGAGCCACACGUUCAUGCCUUGGUCACGCAUCGUAGUAGUGGCGUUUUCUUUAUUUCUUCAGUUUCAGCAUUGAAAACUGUUUUGGUUGCAAAGCUUUUUGGGAUGCUUCUGCUUUUGAGAGUCAAGUUUUUCGCGCAGGCUUCUCUACACCCCAGUAAUAUGUUAAAAUACACUUUUUAUACGGUGUAAAAGUUUUGUUGCAGCUGGCCUUUAAUGACACAGGGGUUCAGUGUUGAGUACAUGUUGGCUGUGCACCUAGCUUGGCUUGGGUGAUGCAACGACACAAAUGUUUCGCUUUCACCUUUCUUAUUUGUGACUCGCCGCAGAUGGUAUUUCUUCAUUUUUCUCACUCGCAAUACCCUUUGAACGAGAUUGGAAGAGAAAGCAGGAGCUUAUUUCUCUAUCUCCUACCCUCAUCUCUCUCUUCGUCGCACAACACUGCAGGACCAGUGUUGCGCGUCGCUGAAAGGUACUCGCAGCGAAGUGUCUCAAAAAAAAAAAAAAAAGGAAAGGAAAAGAAACAAAAAAAGAUUGGGAAUGCUCUCCACGUGCGUUGUGACGAAUCGGAGGCCACCCAGCAGCCUAUGCUAUCGCUUGAGUGUGUGAGAGAGCAAUGGCCUAGCUACUGCGAUUGCAUUGAUGUGAGAGAGUUUUUGGAAGUAGCGUAUGCGACUGGGUGUGGCAGGCCCGAAAAGCGUGGUGAAUUCUCGAAACCCAGCUACGCACCCGUGUUGUCUGUUUGCAGUAUCAACAGGCUGCAUUAACCAGAGUUGACAUGUUAUUUUGCUCUACCAAGGAUUUGGAUAACACUGAAUCGGGAAUUUGUUGCGAUUUAUGGAGGAGGUUCAGGAAAUCACCGUGGAAAGUUUAGGGAUAUGGCCAAUUUGUGUAUUUUUAUUGAGCCCCGAAACCUGCAAAUACUCAGACAAGGAAGGCAGUCACAAGGUUAUCAGGUUAUACAGUCAGCAGCAUUGUAGUUGGAUAACUUAGUUGAAACUAAUGGCACUUAAGAGAUUAAAAUACGCCGUGACAGUUGCAUGGACACCCACGUAGGAUGCCAUUUUGACUAUCGUUACAAUUUAGUACUGCGGAACACUUUUCGUUCGCUUAAGGUAGUAAAAACAGAAUCUGUGGAAAGGCCCGGAGACAAUUUUGAUGUGAAAUGCUGAAAAGAAAAAUUUGUGAAGACAAAAACAAGUUUGCCAGUCAUUGGAUUGCAGCUAAAUGAGGACAAUGUUACAGUUUUUUUUGUCUUUUCGAAAUACUGUCUCCAACCUCAUCAAAAUUCAACUGAGAGUUUGAUAUCCCGGAAUUCAAGUACACAAGAGCAUCAGAAUGAUGUCAUGCAGAGCUUUCGUUUAUAGAUGUAAAAAGUGCCCCUUGUUUAUGCGACUGCACUGUGUAAGGAAAUCUUGGUAGAGCGACUGCCCCGGAUAGGCGUUGGUCCCGGGUUCGAUCCCCGGACCAGGACAAUUUUUCGGCAACUAAGAGGCUUUAUUUUUCUGAGAAAUCCGUAUGGAUUUCCUUGUGGCUUCGUGCUACAAUUGGGUGGUUGUCUAUUUUCCCUUUCUUAACUGUGUAAUAGCUAGGGAAGGCCAGCACUUGCUGAAUGAGAUCAGAAGUUAUUGUCUUCAUCGUAUCAAAAAUUAUUGUCGUCAUUGUACCUGUGGCUGGAAGAGGUGCAGAAAUUAUAGCCUUCAAUAAAAACAAAAGCGCUAUGCACUCGCUUCUUCUGCUGUAUUAGCCAAUAGUUUGCCAGGUGCAGCAGAUAGUUCACCAAGAUGGCAACAGUGAUAUUACAUUCACUGCUUCUAGAACUUCUUCUGCUCUCCAACUAAUAAUCAAUGGACGACACGGCAGGUUUCAUUGGUCAAAACGUAGGUAGCAGCUCUCUAGAAAAAAAAAGAGCAUAUGUGUUCUAGAUAGCUUGCGUUCAGUCUUUUGGAUUUCUUUCAUGUUAAGAAUUUCAGUCAAGCGUCAUCUGUAGUUCCAAGAGCUUCAGCACUUUUCUGGUACUCGGCUUAAGGUUGCCAAAAACUCGGCUUACUCAUGCACUGAUAUUCCCCAAGCGGUGUUUCGUUUGAAGCGUCAUAUUGGAAUAAGUCUCGCAGCAAGCAGGCCAGUGUGAUCAUGUGAACGGGAUUGGUUUGCCUCAAUUUGCUUGACUGUUAGCGAGAUUUAGCAUACAGCAGCUGCGAGUAGGAAUGUGCAGAGGAGGUUGAGGGAAAAUUAGGUUAAAGCACUGCAUUGAUGUAGAUAACAUUUUUUGAGAACUAUAUUGUCAAAGUGACGAUUCUAGGUUAAUAUGAUUGGUUGCCAGAACGCCAGUGCCUCAAUGUCGGUGUGGUAUCACAGGUUUUUUAAAGUACGUCUUUUCAUGUUCAUCACAUUUUAAUAAAAUUUGCAGCAACUAGCCAUAUUUAACGGCUGGCGUCCUCAAAACACAAUGUAGCCUGUCUUCAGGCGCUUUUGAUGUCAUCAAAGAGUAGCUUUGCCCGUAUGAGCGAGAAUGUUUCUUUCGCUCUAGUGUCCCUCCAAUUUUAACUAACUUUGAAUGCGCCACGUUCAAAAACUUUCUCAUGUCAGAUGCACGGUGGCCAUUAACUCUGGUGCACAUUGCAAAGAUGUUAGCAUCAUUAGUAUUCCUAAGGAGCAAGAAAGAAAAGCCCGCUGUCCCUGAACAACUUGCUUCUGCACGUGCAUCUUGGAGGUUAUUGUGCGACUUGACAGGGCUCCUGUGUUUUCUUUUGGCAUUGAACUCACGGGCGUUGAGCGCGUACUGGUGCCAAGAACGGCACUCCUCGUUACGUAGCCGGCAGAGGCGACGCCGAGUAAGCCGGUGACUCGCCUCGGAUGUGUCGCUGAACGCUCAAAAAUAAAAACCCCGUAUGACUGUCGAGAGAUGGUUGUGGAAGCCUUCCUCCGUGUGCAUGUGGGACGAGGAAGCAGUGUGCAACCUGAUGUGACUUGCACUUACGUGUUGCUUGUACUUCUGUCAAGAGAGAUGAUUUACGAAUAAAGUUUAUGACAUCAUUGCA